UUAUUAAGGGGUUUGGGUGUUGCACAGUUGCACACUAGCACAGCCUGCUCGUCUUCAUUUCUCGUUAGGGUUUUCCGGAGAAUCAAAGCUCGAGCAUCCCUGGUGAAAAAUUGAAUCUUGAGGUCAACUUUACGGGAGAAUGGUUGAUCUUCUGUUUGAGGAUAUUUUCACUGUGAAGCAAAUAGAUCCAGAUGGCAAAAAGUUUGACAAAGUUUCUCGUAUUGUAGCAACAAGCGAGCAGUUUGAUAUGUACAUGCAGCUAGAUGUGAAUACUGAGAUAUAUCCUCUUCGUGUUGAUGAUAAAUUUACAAUGGUACUUGCACCCACAUUAAGUUUGGAUGGAACUCCUGACAGUGGCUACUAUACUCAGGUAGGGAGAAAGUCACUUGCAGACAAAUUCGAGUAUGUCAUGCAUGGGAAACUGUACAAGAUCUCAGAGGAAGGUUCAGGAGCGAAUGUAAAAGUGGAGAUCUAUGCCUCGUAUGGUGGACUUCUGAUGUUGUUGAAGGGGGACCCUUCCAAUGCUGCAAAUUUUGAGUUGGACCAGAGGUUAUUUCUUCUGAUGAGAAAAGUUUGAGGCCUGUGGCUUUUCUGGGGUGACUUUAUCCUGCUUAGCUACACAUCCCUUCUUGUUUACCAUACAUCCAUUUGCACAGUAUAUGCAUACUUGAAACCUCACUUGUGAAUACAGCUAAUGGGUCCUUUAUGGAAAAUCUUUUAUGACAGAAUUUGAACCAGUAAAUCAUAACCAUAUGUAUGAGUGUAGACAUUUGUGGCUGUUUUCCUUUCUAUGAAGUGGUUGAGGAUCUUAACCAAUCAAAAAAGUGUUGAGCAUCUUGUUAAUA